CUUUUAGGACGUCAGCGGUGCUGAGAGCAGAGAGAGAGAGAAGAAGGAGGAGGAGAGAGAAAGGAGCAGAGAAUGUCCAGAGCUGACUGGUCCUUCUUGGAACGCCUUUUGGAGGAGGGCCAAGACUAUUCCACACCUAUCGGCCGUGUCUGGCUCACCGUCCUCUUCCUGUUUCGGAUGCUGGUCCUCGGAACUGCUGCCGAGUCCGCGUGGGAUGACGAACAAGCCGACUUCGUCUGCAACACCCGGCAGCCGGGCUGCACCGCCGUGUGCUACGACAGAGCCUUCCCCUUAUCCCACUUCCGCUACUUCGUGCUGCAGGUCAUCUUCGUCUCCACGCCGACCAUCUUCUACUUCGGCUAUGUGGCCGUGAGGAUCGGGAAGAGCCACAAAAACAAAGAGGUUCAAGAUGAGAAGCAGGCGGGUACAAGUUUAACUGGGAAGACUCAAAACCGUGUGACUGAAGAUGAUUCAAAGGAGAAAGAGAAAGAAAAGAGUGGGAACAAGAUUACAUCUAAAACGCCUCAUGAGCCCAUGAAACUGAAAGGCAGACUACUGGGAUUAUACACACUCAGCAUCCUGUUUAAAGUUCUACUAGAAACUGGAUUUAUUGUUGGACUUUGGUUCCUGUAUGGCGGCUUCUUCAUCGCAGCCAAGUUUGAGUGCACAGCGAGCCCGUGUCCUCACACCGUGGACUGCUUCGUCUCUCGUCCCACAGAGAAGACCAUCUUCACCGUCUACACUCAGGUGAUCGCCGCCCUCUCUCUGCUCCUCAACCUCAUCGAACUCCUGCACCUAUUGGUGCGCGCCAUUUCCCUCCGGCUAGAGAAACAGGUUCAGGACAACCUGCCUCGGCUCGAGGAGGCCCGACGGGACAACCCAGAGCCGGAGGGAGGACAUAUCGGCGUCCCCGUGCAGGGUAGCACCACAUUAAAUACCAACCACCGCGGGAGCAACGCCGAUACUGCGGUAGAGGCAGCAGAAGUGACUCAGGGACCAGGAGCGACGAUUGGAGCUGACCUGCUUCCAAGUUACGUCAACUGUAUGAAGGCAAUGACAAAACCAUAUUCCAACAGGCACCAAGUUACCAAACACUCAAAACCAUCUGAGAGAAAUCCAAACCGUCCCAUUAAGGGACAACAUAAACAUUAUGUUUGAUGCUGUUCAUGCACACAAAGACUUUGUUUGCUGUUUUUUUUAUCUGUUCUGCACAUGACACUUAACUAACAGGAGCGCACUUAGAGCUCUGAUGGGAAGAACAACUGGUCCACUGUGAAGGCAAAGCCUCAGAGGCAAACAGACGUACAGAGUCUUACUCUCUAAAUGAUUCUAUUCAAAAUCAAACAUGUUGAGUAGCCUUCACUGAACGGCACAGAGGGAAGUCAUAAGAUGUCUUCCUGCUCCAGUUUAAUCGUCUUCAGCAAGAUGUGGAAGAAAAACUGAGAAAGGGGGAGGGGUGUUUGUGGAGGAGCCGCUGUUAGAGAGUCUAUGGAAGGAAAUUAAAGUUUAAGUAUUUCCCCCUGAGAUUUGCACUGUAACCCAAAGACUCCCCUUUUCCUCUGGUCCUGUUUUUAUUGUGGAAUGUUCUGAUCUCUGGAUCCUUCUCUGUUCCCAGAAGGAUAAUUACAGCGGAUGUAAGCACGCAUGUAUGCACACACACAAUGUGGGUUUUUUUUUUCCACUUUCAGAGCUGUGAGUUCUGGUCCCUCAAAUGUUGGGGACAUGGAUCCAGAGCUGUAUACUGAGCAGAGCGAUAGCUGUAAGUUAAAGACAGUGACUGCAAGAUUGGACUGAAAACGGUACAGAAAUGUACAACUUCACUGAAAAGAAGUGGAUAAUAUAUUGAAAAGAUAAUAUUUAAGAUCAUUUAUAAGUUAUUAGAAAAUACAAGUCCUGAUAUUUAUUAUACUGAUAAGAAAGUGUCUAAAGUAUCAAAAAAAAAAAAAAAACCCUGCAUCAUAUUUAUUUAUAUACAGACUUAAUUUUAUUAUG